AUGUCCCAGCAACAAUUGUCCGCAAAGAAGCAGCAAGGUGAGUACGAGCCGCUCGCCAUUUUUCCUCGAUUACUAACAUUCAUCAGAGCUGCAAACACAAUAUUCCAACUACAAGGACACGCUCCAAGCCAUCGCACAGAAAAUCGGCGACGUUGAGCAGGAGACCGAAGAACACAAGUGAGUGCUAAUUAAUCCGGUCGUCAUCUGAAGAAACUCCGAAGGGGAGUCUUCGACGCCAAUCGGGCUUCAUCUCUUUUGUUCAAGCAAUUUCUGCUCAACCAUUCGCCGAACAAAGUUUCCCUCACCAACCACUCGAUCAUCCCUGUUGGACCUUUCCUUCCCGUCUUCCCCAAACUUCUGCAUCAUGCCGGGAGUCUUCGUCCGGCGAUGUGCGGGUUGCUAGCCGGCAUUCUGUACCUGCAUGAGCGCGGCGGAGGACCAACUCACUAAGCCAUGCGACGUUGUCCCAUGACUCCGGUUAUGCUUCAGAAGCGCACCUUCACAGUGCGAAAGUGCUGACGGAAAUGCAAUAGGCUCGUACUGGACACGCUCACGCCGCUCUCUGGCGACCGAAAAUGCUUCCGCAUGAUCAAUGGAAUACUCACUGAAAGGACGGUGAAGGACGUGCUGCCGACUCUGCAGACCAACGCAGAUGGUCUGAAGAAAGUCCUCCAAGACCUAGUGAAGCAGUACCAGAGCAAGCAGACCGAAAUGGAGCAAUGGAAGGUAAGGUGAUUCAACAGCAACUACCACAGAGGGCCGUCACUAAGAGUCUCAUAGAAAAAGAACAAUGUCCAGGUGGUCCAGCAGUGA